UUGCCUGCGCAAUUGGGCGACGAACGGAUGGACAUUGGGGUCGCGCCAUUGCUGCUAUAAGUUGAAACAGAAGCUCUGGUGGUGAUCUUCUCUGGCUUCUUCUCCCAUUGUUGCCAUGGAAACAACGACUUUAAGGUCUCAUAGUUUCAGUCUCGAUAUCUUUAGAAGAAAACCUUUCAGGAAUCGAGGCGGACUGAUCAAACACAAUCUCCAUUUUUAUCAUCCAUUGGUUGCUGAAACCUGCAGUUCCCUGGUUACUAAUUCGUCAUGUUCUGUGAGGGGGUGCAGAAUUUUUUUAAAUAAUCACGUGCCAUUAAAUCUGAAUCAGAAAAUUUCUCUACAUUGCUCCCAUAAUCUCAGAAGUAAUUUGAAUGUCAGGGCAAGAUCUAUGCAGUCUGUGCACCUUGAAUCUGCUUCAAGAAGUUAUGAUGAUGAAACAGAUGUUCACAGUUCACAUGAUAUCAUCAAUUCUGGAACCUUGCCCUCCAGACCUAAAAUGUUUAGAAAUAGAUUCCUAAGUUUUGUUCGUCUGGGUUCUGUUGUUAAUGAUGCUGUGGAGGGAUUCUUUAAGAGUGAAAUACGGCGGAGAUUAUUUGUGACUGCUGUAUUAAUAGUUAUCAGUCGUGUUGGUUAUUUCAUUCCAUUGCCUGGCUUUGAUAGACGGUUGAUUCCUGACGAGUACUUGAGUUUUGCAUCUGGUUCUGUUGAUGAACUAGGUGAUUUUGGAGCAGAGCUUAAACUGUCACUUUUCCAGCUUGGAAUCAGUCCUCAAAUAGGAGCAUCGAUUCUUAUGCAGGUACUUUGUCAUAUUGUUCCUUCCCUGGUGAAGCUGCGGAAAGAAGGCUUAGAUGGCCAUGAGAAGAUUAAGAGUUAUAUAUGGUGGAUCUCACUUGGAUUUGCAAUAUUGGAAGCACUGAUACUUUCUUGCUACUCACUUCCAUAUUCAAUCUAUGCAGCUAGUCACAGAGUCAAGCAUGUGAUGGUGACAACAUUUUUAUUGGUCUGUGGUGCGAUGACCAUGACAUGGAUCUGUGAUAAAAUAUCGGAAUCUGGUUUUGGGCAAGGGUCGUCUUUAAUCAUAUGUGCUGGAAUAUUGACUGGCUACACAGAUACUUUGUAUAAGAUGUUGUCUCAGCUUUCUGGAAGUGCCUUGAGUUGGUGGCCGUAUAUACUUGCAGUACUUGGUGUUUUCACUGUAGUCACUAUGUGGGCAGUGGUAGUAACUGAGGGUUGCAGGAAGAUCAAAUUGCAAUACUAUGGCUUCAAACUUGCUUCUGCUGCAAGAGAUGAUUCCCUAAUUACAGAGGUGGAGCCGUAUAUCCCAUUCAACAUUAAUCCAUCAGGAAUGCAGCCUGUUCUCACUACCACAUAUCUUUUGGCAUUCCCGAGCAUUCUUGCAAGUAUUCUUGGUUCGCCAUUUUGGGAACAUGUAAAAGAGAUAUUGAACCCGGAGACUUCACUUGGUGCAGAACCAUGGGUUUACUAUUCUAUUUAUGCAUUUUUCGUCUUCCUAUUCAAUAUAUUUGACAUUGCCAACUUGCCAAAGGAAAUUGCUGAUUACUUGAAUAAAAUGGGUGCUAGAAUACCAAACAUAAAGCCUGGGAAAGCCACAAUAGAGCAUCUGACUAAGAUUCAAGCAUCAACACGUUUUUGGGGUGGCCUAUUGUUAAGUAUUUUGGCAACUACAUCAACCCUGCUCGAUCAUUAUUUACGCCGUAUAAAUGAGGGAUUUGCUAUAGGGUUCACAUCUGUACUAAUUAUUGUAAGCCCUUUACAAACUUCUCAUGUUUCUAUUGCGAUUGUUCUCAGUUUCUGAAUAAAAUUGAAAUUC